AUGCCGUUCGCCGUCCUUCCCGCCCUGAUUCCGGACAUCCAGGCCGUGUACGACGUUUACUUUGAAGCCUUCGCCGCAGACCCCGAUGGCCACGGGCUCCUCGACAUUCUGUUCCCGAGCGGCUUCACCUCGGCAGAGUUCCGCACCGCGCACGCCGACGCCACGCUGGCGUGGUGGCACCGUGCCGACAACGACACCCCACAAUACACGUUCAAGUGCGUCGACACGGCAUCGGGCGACGUCGUCGGCAUGGCCAUCGCGUACCUCUACACAACCCCGCGCAAGGACGCCGAGCCCUUCAAGGCCGAGUGGCUGGAGGGCGGCCAGCGGGACAAGGCCGAGCGAGUGCUGGCGCCACUGUGCGAGACCAGGGAGCGACUGUGGAAGGGGAAGGCUUACAUAUACAUCGAGGUAUGUGCUGUGCAUCCCAAGCACCAAGGCCGCGGCGCUGGCACGGCGCUCGUGCAGGCCCUUACGAGCCUCGGCGACAGCUGCAACCUGCCCGUCUACCUCGAGUCGUCGCGCACGGCCGUAGGCCUGUACACCAAGUCGGGGUUCCACCGGAUUCCACCCGCCGAGGCACGCGUCGUGCACCCGGCGGCCGUGCUGGAUAGCAGCGUUGACGUCGAGGUGCCUCUCAUGGCGAGGCUGCCUGGGACCAGCACUACAAGUUACACCGCGGCCGGUUCUACUUCGACAGCAGACGACGAGACGUCCUCGGUCCCAUGGCUCCUGUCGGAAAAUACAGCCGCCUUGGCGGGUGUCGUCGCCAUGACGCUGGCUGCCAUAGCGUACCGGGGUCUCAAAGUACUACAGCUAUAGACUUCCUAGAUCAACAAACAUAUGGCAAAAAAAUACGACAAGCUCGUGCGGGAGUUGGAAGGACGGCGGGUUAGGUUUGACAGCUAGGACAGGGGUCGUGGG